GCGACAACGGAGUUUCAAUUAGGUUAAGGAGGACGACUUUUUCUGGUCAAUCUCCAGCGUAAGCCGUUGUAGUGUCGAACCGAUAGGAUUUCUUUUCUCUUGCAAUGGAAAAUCAGCAACGUAACGGAACUCAAACCGGAUUCAAUCAAUGUCAUUAAAGUUUUCCUUAACUUCAUCUCCCCCACUCCUUCCAUGAUUCUUCAGCUCCCACCUAGCUUCCAAGCACAAUGGAAAAGUCCUCUCGCCUGUGAGCUCUUGCAGGAAACCCGAGACUUCACGGCGGAAGAUAAUCGUCGAAAAGGAGUGUGGCACAGUAGGAGGAAGAAAGCGGCGGCGAUGGAGGAGAGAAAGAGGAUGAAAGUGGUUAAGAAUAAAGAGAAAGCCAUUGAUGAUAGUGAGGAAAGGGAUGAAUUGAAGUUGGAAGUGCAGGAUCUACUGUCCGAUCGUUUCAGAUUGCUUUGUUUGCAAUUGGGUAUGUGCCUCUUUUUGGGUUUGAAGCGAUGUGUCUGUGUGUCACGUAGGGAUGUUAACUACAGGGGGGCUCAGCCCUCUUUUGUUUAUCAUAAGGCGGGUUUACCCUAG